UCUAUGUCGGUAGCACUGGGGUUACUGUCGAGGGAACAGGAUGUUCUAAAAGGUCGUGGGAAUGACGGUGACCUGAAAAGACCGGCGCGCUGUUCUGAAGGUUGGGGCGUGGACAGCAUCGCCGUGAAAACCGACCCUCACAGACGAGACUCGAAGACGCACACCAGGUGGUAGAUGGAGUAUUGGAAGUGCAGCACCCUUUCUAAUAAAUAGUGCAAGCAGUUUUCUGGGUUGCCGCAUAGUACGGCUGCAGCGAGCACAACAUGGCGACAGGACCGGCGCAGAAGCACCGAGUAUCAUACUACUAUCAUGAGGACGUCGGAAACUUUCACUAUGGCCCUCAACACCCAAUGAAGCCACAUAGGAUACGAAUGACGCAUAAUUUGGUGAUGAACUACGGGCUGUAUAAGAAAAUGGAAAUCUACCGACCAUCACGAGCAACUUUCGCCGAGCUGACAAAGUUCCACUCUGACGAUUACAUGGAGUUCCUGCAACGUGUUACUCCUGACAACUUUGAAGAGUUGACGAGAUCGCAACAGAAGUUCAACGUUGGAGAGGAUUGUCCGGUAUUUGAAGGAAUGUACGAUUUCUCGACAUUGUCGGCGGGAGGCUCUAUCUCUGCUGCGCAGAACCUCAUCAACGACAAGUCGGACAUUGCCAUUAACUGGGGAGGAGGCAUGCAUCACGCCAAAAAGUGCGAAGCAUCAGGCUUCUGCUAUGUAAACGACAUCGUAUUAGGGAUCCUGGAGCUCCUCAAGAACUAUCAGCGAGUCCUGUACGUGGAUAUCGAUGUGCAUCACGGAGACGGUGUCGAGGAAGCAUUCUACUCCACCGACCGCGUCAUGACGGUUUCAUUCCACAAGUACGGCGAGUAUUUUCCGGGAACCGGAGAUAUAAAUGAUGUUGGACACGGGGACGGAAAGCAUUAUGCGGUCAACUUCCCGCUGAAAGAUGGAAUCGAUGAUAGCACAUAUAAGCGGAUCUUUCAGCCGGUGAUGCGCCAUGUGAUGGCAUUUUACCAGCCAGAAGUCAUCGUUCUGCAAUGCGGUGCCGAUUCACUCGCGGGAGAUCGACUGGGGUGUUUCAACUUGUCAUUACAAGGGCACGGGAUGGCCGUGGAGUUCAUGAAGACGUUCAACAUCCCCAUUAUGAUGCUGGGCGGCGGGGGCUACACAAUACGAAACGUGUCUCGGGCCUGGUGCUAUGAGACUGGGUUAGCGGUGGGCGAAGAGCUGGACGACGAACUGCCUUACAACGAUUAUUAUCAGUACUUUGGCCCAAAUUAUCGGCUGGAUAUCCCCAACAACAACAUGGACAAUCGGAACAGUCGGGAAUACUUGGAGCGGAUGCACAUGAAGAUAGUGGAGAACCUCCGUAAUAUGCCCGCGGCUCCGAGUGUCCAGAUGCACGCAAUCCCAUCCGACUUGGACCGCAACCUGUUCGAAUCGGACGAGGAAGAAGACCCAGAGGAACGCAUAACACAAUCAAUGAGCGACAUGCACCGCAUCCCCUCCACCGAACUCUCCGACUCCGAAGACGAAGGCGACAACCGCCGCAACCACCGCGACUACGGCCGCCGCUCCAGCCACCUCGUCUCCAUCAACCCGCGCGCGCGGCCCGUCAACCCCACCGUUGCGCGCCUGUUCACCAUCGACAGCCCCGCCACCUCUUCCUUCACCGACGAGGACAGGGAUACGGAUGAGCAGCCGCGGCCGCCGCGGAACGGUCUGGCGACGCAUCAUCAUCAACUUCCGCGGUUCGCUCGCCCGCCGCCGCAACCGGAUUCGUCGGUUUCGUCGACGGUGGGGCUUGAGGAUGAGGCGGAGAACGGGAUGGAUGUCGAUGAGAGUGAUACUCUGUCGCAGAACGGGGCGUGGAUAUCGAAUGGCGGGCAGAGGGCGCCGCCGAUGAUGGCGAAUGGGAUCGCGGCUGGGGAGACGACGAGGGGUGAUGCGGGCGAGGAUGCGUUGCACUAUGAGACGGGGAGAUGAUUACGUGCAGCGGUUUGGGUUUAUUAUCUGGCGUAGAUGAUUAUACAGUACAUGUAGCCCCGUUGCGGUAGCGUACCAGAAUCUGUGAAUGUUCUUUCCUGUUGUACAUAUACAUAGUGUUCUGAGCCGCCAUAAAUGCCUCAUUUGCAUGUGCCAUGUUCGAGGGCCAGUUUG